AUGGUUAGCUAUUACUCGCUUAUGUGCAUUCUAUGCAUAACUUCCACACAAGCUGAAAGAAAUCUACUUUCUCCUCCUUACACUUGCACAACAACAACAACACUUUGUCAACCUGGAGAAACGACAGAACGAGGGAUGAAUGGAUUGCCUGGAAUAAAAAGCGAAAAGGGAAUACCUUGUCAGUGUAAUAUUGCAGAUGAACAGGCAAUGAGAGAGAUGAGCAGGAAAAUAGAUGAAAUUGAAAGUGAAAAUCGAAAAAUGAAACAACAAAUUCGGGAUCUCGAAACUAAAAAUGAUCAGAUUAAUAAAACCAUCAAAAAACUAGGAGACAGCGAUUUCAUUUUCCCAUCAAGUUGCGACCAAAAUGGUAUGGCUAGCAAAAUAUAUCCACGGAAAAGCGAGGGAGACCUCACUCCCAUUGAGGUUAAUUGCGAACUAUAUUCAGUGAAUGAAGAUGGAUGGAUUACAAUUCAGAGACGACAAAAUGGAGCAGUCAGAUUUUAUGACAGAAACUGGGAAAGUUAUGCCACAGGUUUUGGAGAUAAAAAUGAAGAAUUUUGGCUCGGUCUUCGAACAAUUCAUCAACUGACAACAUCGAGGGAUUAUAAACUUCGUAUUGAUAUGAGAACAAAACCUGGUACAUCAUAUUACGCAGAAUACAGCACAUUCGAAGUAGGAAGUGAAAAAUCAAAAUUUCAGCUGACAAUCUCGGGAUAUUCUGGUAAUGCUGAUGACUAUAUGUCGUAUCAUAAUCAUCAAACGUUUUCCACUUAUGAUGCAGACAAUGACGCAUAUGAAGAAAGUUGUGCUCUCAAUCACAAUGGUGCCUGGUGGUAUAAGAGUUGCUAUGGUUCCAACCUGAAUGGAAAAUAUGAUUAUAACUUCUACUGGAACGAUUAUCUCUCGUUCAGUGAAAUGAAGAUUCAUCCGGUGUAAAUAAUCAUUCCAGGUGUUGGAGCAACGUCAACGUAGAGAUUCUCAUUUUAAAAAUAACUUUGUUAUUUACUAUGUUUUAAACUGAAAAUUUAAAACUCGAGCAGAAAGUCUGCAAUGCCGUUCUAAACGUUUUACUUUGUUGUAGUUAUCUUUUUUAAACUUUCAAUUUGACACAACGACGCGCUAUUUUGUUCGAAUUUGGAAAGUCGUAAUUUAUAUGUGAUCAAAUAAUACAGACUUCUCAAUGCUACUACUUUAGUAAUUUUUAUUUACUUCUAUAUUUUAAAACAUAUUAUGUAGAAUUCAAAUGGAAGUAACUUGGAUUUUGA